AUGGUUCUCAAGCUGCAGGCACUGGGCCUUUCCUGCCUUCCGCCCGCUGCCAUACCUCCUUUGGGUACGGCUGCUCCCAGUCCAUUGGUGCCAAGUCAGGGAUCAGCGAAGUGGGCAGGUCCCUGGGCAUCCAGAGCAGGAGGCUACAUGACGAAAUCCGGCCCGGAACUACCUCGUCAGCCACUUUUCGGUGGCGAAGCUUUGGAGGGCGAUGUGCUGGAGUGGAAGGGCAAAUUUGGUUGGAUCAAGCCCUUGGAGCCGAUCGAUCAUCCACUGGCUUCCCGGAACAAGUCACGCAUCUACGUGCAUGUCAAGGACCUCGCUGAUGGCUUGCAGUCGCUGACUGCUGGACAGCGGGUGGCUUUCCAGGCAUACACGGAUGACAGUGGGAUUGGUGCAGAGGCCUUGAUGCUAGCAGAAUGCAAGAUACUGUGCAACGGGUGCAACUUCGACGUCCAAAAGUGGCCCAAAGACGGCCCCACCGCCCAGUGCCGACAUGUCCUCAGAGGACUGGCCUUGCGCCAGCUGAUGGCGUGGAUUUUCUGUGCAUCCAAAGAAGCCUUCCGGACACAGGAGCGGGCUGAGCAUGGCAUAAAGUACACUGGCCAGUGGAAGGGUGACAAGCGUGAUGGCCACGGAUUACAGGAGUGGCCAGAUGGCGCACGCUUCGAUGGACAGUGGCGGAACGGUUUGGCUGAGGGCUUUGGAAAGUUCGUCCACGCCGACGGUGAUGUCUACGAAGGGCAGUGGCGGGAUGACAAAGCCAACGGAGAAGGCGUGUAUCAUCACGCCGAUGGCUCCAGGUAUGUUGGCCAGUGGAAAGACGACCAGAAAGAAGGUCAGGCCAUGGAGGAGUGGGCAGACAACUCCCGCUUCGAGGGCCAGUACCGCGCCGGCAAGAAGCACGGGCACGGGACCUUCACCUGGCCGGAGGGCUCCUCGUAUGAGGGUGAGUUCCAGAACAACGAAAUACACGGCCAGGGCACGUACUUCUGGAAUGAUGGACGUGUCUACUGCGGGCAAUGGGCAAACAACAGGAUGAGUGGCCAAGGGACCUUCACCUGGAGAGACGGCAGGAAGUACAUUGGAAGCUACAUGCAUGACAGAAAGGAUGGACACGGAGUUUUCACGUGGCCAGAUGGGAGGGAGUACGUUGGUGAUUGGAAGGAUGGAAAACAGCAUGGCAUCGGUGUCUUCAAGACAGCGAAGGGUGAUUAUCGCCGUGGCGAGUGGAAGGACGGCAGCCGCAUCCGCUGGAUCUCAGAGGCUUAUCGAGAGGACGGGCAACAGCCUGGUUCUCCCUCAGCUCCCAACCAGGAAGCUGCAGCGCAAAACACGUCUGAACCACCAGCAGGAAAUGCUGUUUGA